AUGGAGUCAGAAGGGGCCUACGAGCCAGGCUUCGUGGGGAUUCAUUUCUGCCAGGAAUGCAAAAACAUGUUGUAUCCCAAGGAAGACAAGGAGAACAGGAUCCUUCUGUAUGCUUGCCGGAACUGUGACUACCAGCAGGAAGCCGACAACAGCUGCAUCUACGUCAACAACAUCACACAUGAGGUCGACGAACUGACCCAGAUCAUCGCUGACGUUUCCCAGGACCCGACUCUGCCCUGAACGGAGGACCACCCCUGUCAGAAGUGUGGCCACAAGGAGGCAGUGUUCUUCCAGUCCCACAGUGCAAGGGCAGAGGAUGCCGUGCGGCUCUAUUACGUCUGCACAGCCCCACACUGCGGCCACCGCUGGACUGAGUGAAGGGUUUGGCGGCAGCCAAGCCACCCAUCGGCAAAGCCCC